GCAAUCAUGGGGAAACAAAACAGCAAACUGCGUCCCGAAGUGCUGAACGACCUGCGCGAGAACACAGAGUUUUCCGACCACGAGCUUCAGGAGUGGUACCGAGGCUUCCUCAAAGACUGCCCCACGGGCCACCUGACCGUCGAAGAGUUCAAGAAGAUCUACGCCAACUUCUUCCCGUAUGGCGACGCUUCCAAGUUCGCCGAGCACGUCUUCCGGACAUUUGACACCAACGGAGACGCCACCAUCGACUUCCGGGAGUUCAUCAUCGCGCUGAGCGUCACGUCGCGCGGCGGCCUGGAGCAGAAGCUGCGCUGGGCCUUCAGCAUGUAUGACCUGGACGGGAACGGCUACAUCAGCCGGGCUGAGAUGCUGGAGAUCGUACAGGCGAUCUACAAGAUGGUGUCCUCAGUGAUGAAGAUGCCAGAAGAUGAGUCGACUCCGGAGAAACGGACAGAUAAAAUCUUCAGACAGAUGGACGUAGACAACGACGGCAAACUCUCUCUGGAGGAGUUCAUCAAAGGUGCCAAGAGUGACCCUUCCAUCGUCCGGCUCCUGCAAUCUGACCAGGGGACCUCUCGCCAGUUCUGAAGACAGAUAAACAGACACACACACACAGUUCUGAAGACAGGAAAGUGGAGAGAUCUCUGUAUCAUCCCCCAUCCAACACACACAUACACACACACAGUUCACACACAAGAAAGAGGUGGAAGAGGCACAGUUGUCAUUACAACACCCAUAUCAGGCAGCCAUUUUACAUUCUCUUAUUCCAUGUCUUGUUGUUUAUCAUCAGUAGUUCCCUAGCCUGAUCCCAGAUCUGUUUGUUCUCUCUUUAGCAUGGAGUUGGCAAGACAGCGCAAACAGAUCUGGGACCAGGAUAGCAGUUUCCCAUAUCCCAAUGCAGCAGUCUCAAAAUGCAUUCUACAGCUAUGAAUGUUUUGCGUCAUGAAACAUCACAUUCUACACCCAGAGUAUACACCCACAGUACCACUGAUAGACUCUUAUGACAUUUCCUUGUAAAUGUUUUACUGCUUAAUGUUCUUUUUGCUUGCCUUACUUUAGUCAAAGUGAAGUGCCAUAUCUUAAUAUUUGUACUGAAUGUAUUAUUACACUUGUAAGUAUUAUGACUUUUUCCCCUGACGUGUCACGGUAAGAGGAAAUCCACCAAUACCAAUAUUUUCUACAUCAGCUAUGGCGGCAGGUAGCCUAGCAACUAAGAGCGUUGGGACAGUAACCGAAAGGUUGCUGGUUUGAAUCCCAGAGCGGACUAGGUGAAAAAUCUGCCGAUGUACCCUUGAGCAAGGCACUUAACCCUAAUUAUCUGCUAAAUUACUGACAUGUCAACCAUGGGUCGUCUCAUUGCAACAUUUACUCUGAAUGUGAUAUUAGUUAGGGACAUUCAAAAAUAAUUACAGUUUUUCACUUUAACUAUGUAUCGUUUCUGCAGCACAGGAAUUUUGAAAAUGAACGUUUUAAUGCCCCCAACUGUACAGGAAGUUCCAGUGAUGUUGUAUUAAAACCAGUAUCUUGUCA